GCCAUUUCCGGUCAGUCCAUACGAUGAAUCUCAAUUCGUCCGACCCAUGCGUCUACAUCGCCGCUAUGCGCGAGAUAAGAUGGAGGUUGCGGAUCUGUCUGAUGCCAAUUCCGGCGCGGACGACAAAGAGCGCGAGCAGAUGACAGCACGUCGGGCGGAGAGACAAGCCGAGCGGGAGGAGAAUCAAAAGCUUAUUGCACCGACUGGUGGCGAAGCAAGCAAACCGGUAAAGAAGAAGGCGGCGAAGAAGGUCGAAGAGGGCCGCGACAACACAGAUCCCGUGCGCAUGAAGCGUCAACAGCUACGGUAUGAAGAAGCUAGACCUUGGCAUCUUGAGGAUUUCGAGGGAAAGAAUGUGUGGGUAGGAAGCUACGAACAAGCGCUGUCAGAGAACAGCAUCAUGCUGGUUCUGGCAGAAGGAGGCUUCCAGAUGGUGCCAGUCGAGAAGUGGUACAAAUUCAUCCAGACAAAUAAAGUGAACGCCAUGGACUCCGAGGAGGUUGAGAAGCAUAUGGCGAAGAAGUUCAACAUGCCAAGGUGGGCUCUAGGCACGCAAUUAGCGAAUGAGGUCGCGCGCAAGGAAGCGCGAAGCCAGAUGAUCCAAGCGCAUCGUGCGAAAUCUCGCGAGGCCGACGAUGAUGUGCCCAAACGCGAAAUGGACGACGGAGACUUUCAAGCAGACAAAGACAUGCUUGAUCUUGAUGUUCAGGAUGAGUUCCAAGACGACGACGAGGGUAUGCUUUUCCAGGGCGAGGAUGGCGAGGAUGGAGACGAUAUCGCCAAGCGCAUCUACCUUGAAAUGCGCGACGCAGGCUUGGGUGGCACUGGUGUGAAGAAGGAAGACGUGGACCCAGUAGAAGAGGAGAGGCGUAGAGAGAUGGCCGAGCGCGACGAGAUGGUGAAGCACAAGCGUCUGCGUAAGCAGCUUCGCAAGAAGGAGCACCAGAAUCAAUACGACUCGGACGACUCAAAUGCGGACCCGUACGCAAGCUCGAGCGAGUCUGUGGAUUCUGAU